AUUUGAUUUCCCUUGCCAGGGCCUUUUGUGCUCCCCGGAGGCUUCGCUCUCCGCGACCGGAGCGGGAGACAACUCUUUCGGUCAGUUAGUCGGGACACGCCUGCCCCGUUUCCAGCUUCCCCCCCGCCUGAGCUCGCCAGGUGCCUCCAAUAUCGAGGCAUCUGCUGCCCCCGCGCCCAUGCCUCUCGGAGCCUUCUCCCCGGGGUCACUGCGUGCCCCUUAAGAGCCUUGGGAGCCUGCGGGGCACAUCAGCUCCCGAGGAGUCUCCCGGUGAAGACACAGCCGGCCGUGGACUGGAACUGGGAAGAGGCGAGGUCAAGGAGCCCCUGCCGAGCCUCAGGAGAGAGGUGUCCGCCUCCCGCCGCGCCAGCUCGGGCAGGGACGCCAGCUUCGGGGCCCUGAAGAACCCGCCGACGUCUUCCAUGAAUUUGUGAUUGAGGUGGGCAGUUCUCCCAGCGGCCCUGGACUACCGCCCCCGGCCGGCGGCAUGUGGCUGCCGCGCAUCUCCAGCACGGCCGCAACCGUGCUCCUGCUGGCGCAGACCGCCAUCCUGCUUUUCCUGGUCUCCUGGCCCAGGCCGCCGUCCCCGGUGAGCGGCAAAGAGCGGGUGCACGUGCUGGUGCUGUCCUCGUGGCGCUCGGGCUCGUCUUUCGUGGGCCAGCUCUUCAGCCAGCACCCCGACGUCUUCUACCUGAUGGAACCCGCGUGGCACGUGUGGACCACCCUGUCGCAGGGCAGCGCGCCGGCGCUGCACAUGGCCGUGCGCGACCUGGUGCGCUCCGUCUUCCUGUGCGACAUGGACGUGUUCGACGCCUACCUGCCGUGGCGCCGCAACCUGUCGGACCUCUUCCAGUUCGCGGUGAGCCGCGCGCUGUGCUCGCCGCCGGCCUGCACCGCCUUCCCGCGCGGCGCCAUCAGCAGCGACACGGUGUGCAAGCCGCUGUGCGGGCGGCGGCCCUUCGGCGUGGCGCAGGAGGCCUGCCGCUCCUACAGCCACGUGGUGCUCAAGGAGGUGCGCUUCUUCAACCUGCAGGUGCUCUACCCGCUGCUCAACGACCCCGCGCUCAACCUGCGCAUCGUGCACCUGGUGCGGGACCCGCGGGCCGUGCUGCGCUCCCGCGAGCAGACGGCCAAGGCGCUGGCGCGCGACAACGGCAUCGUGCUGGGCACCAAUGGCACCUGGGUGGAGUCCGACCCCGGCCUGCGCGUGGUGCGCGAGGUGUGUCGCAGCCACGUGCGCAUCGCCGAGGCCGCCACCAGCAAGCCGCCGCCCUUCCUGCGCGGCCGCUACCGCCUGGUGCGCUUUGAGGAUCUGGCGCGGGCGCCGCUGCCCGAGAUCCGCGAGCUCUACGACUUCGCGGGCCUGAGCCUCACGCCGCAGCUCGAGGCCUGGAUCCACAACAGCACGCACGGGUCCGGGCCCGGCGCCCGCCGCGAGGCCUUCAAGACCUCAUCCAGGAACGCGCUCAACGUCUCCCAGGCCUGGCGCCACGCGCUGCCCUUCGCCAAGAUCCGCCGCGUGCAGGAGCUGUGCGCCGGCGCGCUGCGGCUGCUGGGCUACCGGGCCGUGGCCUCCGAGGCCGAGCAGCGCGACCUCUCCGUGGACCUGGUGCAGCCGCUCGGCACUAGCAGCUUCAGCUGGGCGUCGUCCACCGCGGCGCACCCCCGACCUUAGCGCAGGCCCCCCCAGGCUGUGGCGGCGGGGGAGGGAGCCGGUCACGCAGCGCCCAGGCUGCUAGUGGAGGGGCCCGGAGUUGGGGAGUCUUCCUCCGUAGUAGGAAUGGAUUGAGUCCCCGAAACUCCAUGCUUCUUUCUUCUUGCUUUUCCUUCGAGUCCUCCUUGGGAGCUGGGUUCCCGUCGGGUGCACGCUUCACGGAAAGCAAAACUGUGUCCACGCUUCCUGUGGGCACCGCGAGUAAGUUCAGACCACUCGGCUGCUACUCGAGUGCUUUCUUCCUAAGUCUCUUUUCCUUUUGGAUGCAUCAUCCGACAGCUGACAAGGGGGUCCCGGCCCUACCUGGGAGUAGAGGGGGCGCUGCGGUGAGCCGGCCCCUCAAGUCCAGCCCCUCCCGCCACACCCCAGACUUGUUGCCCCCAGGUCCCACCACCACACUCUAUCAGAGCUGUUGGCAUUUAUAUUGCUUGUUUCUUUCAGCAAGAAAUCAGACAAGAUGCCUCUUAUCUUGUGGUCUCCCUCUAGCCUCUCUCUGCCCAUCCUCCCAGGAGCCCACAUACCCCCAUCACCUGCCCUGACAGUAAAGGUCCCACCCACAGAAAUAAAAAAUUAAUGAAUCUGUGUGA